AUCACAUAGUUAGCUGAAAACAAGAAAUGGGAUCUACCAAACUCAUUUCACUUCUCUUCUGUCUCCUGUUGGUCAUCUCUACCUCUGCAGCCACUCAGAAAAAGAUAUCACGCGAGCCUUGUAAAACGCUUGUGGUCUACUUUCAUGACAUACUUUACAAUGGACAGAACGCGAAGAAUGCAACUUCAGCAAUUGUAGCUGCACCGGCUUGGGGCAACAAGACUAUCUUAGCCGAACCAACCCAUUUUGGCGACAUAAUUGUGUUCGAUAACCCUAUUACCUUAGACAACAAUCUGCAUUCAACCCCAGUUGGACGUGCACAAGGGCUAUAUUUAUAUGACGGGAAACACACCUUUAAUACUUGGUUUGGUUUCUCUUUUACGUUCAAUUCUACAGGGCACAAGGGUAGCAUAACCUUAGCUGGGGCUGAUCCAUUCUUGGAAAAGACUAGGGAUAUUCCAGUGAUUGGAGGAACUGGUGACUUCUUCAUGGCUAGAGGAAUUGCCACUUUGAUGACUGAUGGCUUUGAUGGAGAAUUUUACUUUCGGCUACGUAUUACUAUUAACUUGUACGAGUGUUGGUAA